AUGGCACCCAGCAUGCAAGAAGCGCAAUACUCAUACGAAGACACGAGGGCGUCGCAGAACCGGAAUGUUUCGAAAUCCGGUGUUGAGAUAGGAAAGGAGCCAUCAACUAAAUCAGCCUCGCAUGACAUCGCAGACGUUUUUGAUAUCUCGUCAGCCGCGGCUUUGGAGCUAUUAUGCUUCAAUAUCGAGAGGCUUGCGCAGUCAACUGUACAAACACCGACGGAUUUCCUGGCGAAUUCCCCUGAUGCUCAUGGCGAGAAUCACAGUGGUGAAGCACCCAUACAAAUAAGAACUGCUGGAUUGCAUGCCACGCCAACAGCUGAUGACACAGCUGGUCGGGAUCUCCUUCAGCUUAGUGUGCUUUUGCGAAAAUUUGUGUCAAAAAAAGAACCGCCCAUCUCAUUACGGGAUUACCUUUUACGGCUUCACAAGUACUGCCCAAUGUCUACGGCAGUCUAUCUCGCUACCAGCAUUUAUUUUACUAAGAUGGCAGUCGUUCAACGAAUACUGUCUGUUAAUACGAAGAAUAUGCAUCGCCUCACCCUUGCCGGUCUUGGGGUAGCGAUGAAAGCAUUGGAAGACCUCAGUUACCCUCAUAGUCGAGUUGCGAAGGUCGGCGGAGUGAGUGAGCGCGAGCUUUCCAAGAUCGAAAUCAGCUUCUGCUUCCUGGUGGAUUUCAAGCUUCGGGUUGACGCUCAGAUGCUUCUGGAUGAAGCGAAAGAUCUAAUUCAACGGUGUAUGGGUUGCGAGGGAGCACCAGAAAUCCAGAAUGGAAGGAAUGACAGUCACAAUGGCGCGUAA